UGGCGGAAGAAUAUUUUCGUUGGAGGAUGUGUUUUUAGUACGAAAGAAUGUGUUACAUUUUGGAUCAUUUCUCUUUGCGUUAUUUAAUUAAUAUUACUUUUCAAGCCUUUAUGAUAUAUUAGGAACAAACCACAGGAGUCUGUGGACCAUGGCUUUGAAUCUAAAAAAUAAAAAGCACGGGAAAGACGACGACUUGGAUAACAGAGAUUGGCCAGACUUCGUUUGUGGUGGUGGAGCUGCUUUUACCAACAUUCUAGUUACUUUUCCAGCCUACAAAGUAAUGUUCAGGCAGCAGCURGAAGGAAUAGGGUUUCCUAAAGCCGUAAAGCAGGUUUUUCGCGAGGGGAUUUCGAAUUURUAUCGUGGUAUUGGACCGCCAUUAAUUCAAAGAGGGACUUCAUUAUCGUUAAUGUUUGGCUCCUAUCACAARUUCCAAAGAGUUCUAUCCCAUACCUUUACGAACGUUAAUAAUGGAGUAGUCAAUGCUUUUGCAGCGUUACUGUCAGGUUCAGUUGAAGCUACGUUAACUCCGUUGGAAAGGAUACAAAUACUUCUGUCCCACAGAGAAUUCAACGAAAGAUUCUCGAACACCAUACAUGUCUUCCAAGAAAUUCGACUUAAGUAUGGAUAUCGAGAGUAUUACCGAGGAUUGACUCCUGUGYUACUCAGGAAUGGACCCUCUAAUGUCUUGUUUUUUGGUCUCAGAGGACCGAUUAAARACAUACUUCCAGAAUCUUCCACAGAUGUGGGAAAUAUGACCAAUGAUUUUGUAAGCGGAGCAGUCCUAGGCGCUGCACUUAGCACUCUGUUUUACCCUAUUAAUGUCGUGAAGAAUCAAAUGCAGAAACAAAUUGGAGGAGAAUUUACUGGUGUCGUAAAGACUUUUAGGAAAGUGUUCAAUGAGAGAGGAAGGAGUAUACGAAGACUGUACUAUGGAUUGCCUUUGAAUUUUACAAGAGCUCUUGUAUCCUGGGGAAUUAUUAAUUGUACUUAUGAAGAGUUGAAGAAAUUAAUGACUCUGUAUUACUAAAAAAUUGUAUUUUUGUAAAUAGUCAUAGCUAUAGUUAUUACAAUUAUCUAUUAAUUAAUUAUUUACUAGGUGGGGGUUCUUAUGCUUCCCUUCUCAGUUGAAUUUGGUGAGACAGAGGUUUUCUUAUGAAGCUUUGUCAGUGAAAUGUGCAUGGUGUCARGGGCAACGUCAAAAGCGUUCAAUAGGAAGCAAGCUGACGUCACUGGCAUUAAAGUAUAUUAUACAUAUUCUUAUUACCAUAGUAUCAGUGAUGUUGUCCUUCACAACAUACACGUUUCGCCAACAAAACUUUGUGACAAAACUUCUGGGGGGGGGGCUCAACAGACAGUUUUGAAAAUGACCCUAAAAGGUAUGCAUAAACUUAAGUCACUCCAAACUCAACUGAGAAUCUUAUAUCUUAUUCCCCUUGUGAUUGAGUGGAACGAUUAUUGCAUUCAUAAAACAGAUAUGCUGUGUGAUAAUUGCUGAUAGAGCURUGGAGAAAUGCCAAUGGCUUUUUUAUACAAAAAAAGAAAAAAAUCUAAAUCUAAAAAUCUAUAAAAUUGUGGCUCAAAAUGUUUUAAUAUCAAAUACUGUAUUUACUURCUUAAGUGCCACAGCAAGUUGGGUUUCAAAUGCAGCCUUAAUUUGGGAGUGGCAUUUAUCAGAGGGCAGCGGUCGCUUAAAAAAUGUGUUUCCUAUAUACUAACCAAUGAUUUAAUACAAAGUGAAUACAAAAGUUUUUGAAACAUAAAAAAAAAUACCGUAUUUACUGUAUUUUGUUCAAGUCUUAGGCGUGGCACUUAAACGAGUAAACACAGUUUCAAUGAAUCUACCACAGCUGCUGUCAAUCAGGUUUGACAAAUGAGACAUUAAGUUUAAAAUUGGAAAAAAAUUAUGAUGCUAAUYAAAAGUAUGCAUGCAAAAAUGCAGACCAAAAUGAGCAUCAAAACUGAUUGAUUUAYAUAUUUUGCACGAUUGCACAAGUUGUUAUUCAAUUUUGACUUUAGAAAGAAAUUUUCUAAGUUAAAUAAAUAUAUUUAGACUCAUAAGCUUUGCAACAUUUUAUUUGUUCAAUGUCAUAAAUUCACAAAGUUUAUUUAUUCAUCCCACAUAAUAGUUCAGUAUUCUUCUUGAUGCCUUAUUAGCAUUAAUGUAGGUGUAGCCUUUCUGUCRAUAAGCCAUGAGGGAGUAGCAUGGGGUGCCAAUAAACCAGCAAGAAGUAGGGGUGAGAGGAUUGGUGUGACUUUUCCCCUCUGCAUCCCAUUUAGCCUGCGUGCAGCCGAACUAACUAACUGUUAAGUCCGGCUGCACUCAGGCUACAUCCCAUUGCAAACUGACACUCUUACCUAAUUAGUUUGAUCUCAUAUUAUGAUAAUGAAGUCAUUACAAGGGAUUAAUAAUGAAUGUCAGGUUAGAACAUCUAGUUUUAGCUAGCUCCAAAAUAAGCUUUAAAACAAACCCAUAUCCAGCAAAUUCACAUACAAUGCUUGAUAAAUUUCUUAAUUUUUGUUGCAUUUUGAGUGGGACUUAGUGACUUUUAAUCCUCAUUAAUGUGUAAACUUGUAUUAACAGUAUAAACAUGCAAUUUGUGGAAAGUUACAAUGUACAUUAGAAAUAUCCCAAAUAGUAUUGUGUAGUUCCAGAAAUCAUCCAUACCCACCCCACAGAGGAAUUUGGAAUUUCUGAAAAGUAGGGGGGUACAGAGAAAGAACAAAAAUUACAGAGUUUGUAAGGAAGAAAAUUGGAAUUU